UUAGUGUGAUUCGUUCUGUUAUGGCAGCUGCAGCACCCGCUUGGCUCACCGCUAAAUAUCUGGAAGAUGCACUGCAGCGGCACUACCAGGAGCCACAACUUGUGGUAGUUUCCAUACAGCUGCAAUCAGCACUGGGCAAGGGUGAAAACUAUGGAGCCGUCCUAACACGUAUACGUCUCGUAUACCGCAUGGGAUCGGGCAAAGAGGUUGAGGAAUAUCUGAUAGCCAAGACAACGCUGGAGGAUGAGGAUGCGGAUACAAGGGAGAAGAAGGCGCCCUACGACAUCUACAAUCGCGAGCUGGAGAUCUAUGAGCAGGUGAUGCCCAAGCUGCAGCAGCUGGCAGGUGAGCGACUCUGCCCCAAAGUGUUGCACAUCGAUCGCCAGCGAGGAGCUCUCAUCAUGGAGGACCUGAGCCAGCAGGGUUAUGUGAUGGCGCCGCGCUUGCAGAGAUUGGAUGAGCAGCAUUUGAAAUUAGUGCUCAGAAAAUUGGCCCUGAUGCAGGCAGCCUCGGCCGUGCUGGAGGAGAGGUCCCAGGGAGAGGGCUACAGCCUAAGGAAAUACGAUCGCGGGUUCUUCAAUCGCUAUACCGAGAGCUUUCGUUCGUAUUUCGUGGGAUGUCUGAUGUCAUGUGCCAGCUACCUUAAGACCCAGCCGGGCCAUGAGAAACAUUCUGAAUUGCUGGAGAAGCUCUCGCCGCAUUACAUGAGACUGGGAUUGCUAUGCUUUCAGCCGGAGGCCGAGCACAUUAAUGUGCUGACACACGGCGAUGUUUGGACAAACAACAUGAUGUUCAAGUACGGGGCCGAGGGGCCAAUCGAUGCGCUACUGAUUGACUUUCAGUAUGCCUUCUGGGGCUCGCCCACGCUGGACAUUCAUCAUCUGUUGAACACCUCAGCGGUGGAGCGGGUGCGAAGUGAACGACAGCUGGCGAUGAGAUGUGUUUACCAUGAGGUGUUUGUCCGGGAGUUACAGAGGCUCAAGUUCAAUGGUCAGAGAUUGCCCAGCCGGAAGCAGUUCCAUUUGGAAUCGGAGCAGAAGCGUUUCUAUGCUGUCCAUUGUGGCCUGCUGCUGCAACCUGUGCUGCUCAACACGGAUGAUAAGGAUGCGGAUUUCGCCGCUCUGCUUUCGGAUCAACCUCGUGGAAUGAACAUGAAACGGAGGCUGUACCGCAACGAAGCCAUUCAAGGAUCCAUUAGGCAACUGGUUACACAAUUCGAGCUUGAGGGACUGCUAGACCCGCAGCAAUAUGCUGGAUGGACUUAGCCCUAAUGAUGCGGGUUCCUGUCCACGUUCUGCUUUUGAUAAACUCCCACCAGUACACGUUUCAAUUAGAACGGAGGCUAAUAAACAUAAGGGAUGCACA